AUGGCUGCUGAAGGGUUGUACUCUCUAGGGCAAACCGUGUCUAAAAAAGGAAAAUCUGUGGCAUCUAAAACUGUCAAUGCUUCCCACUCUAAGAAGUAUGAUGAUGCAAAUGAUGUGAUUGACCUCGAGGAUCAUAGGUCUGAUGAUCAAGAGGAUAUCUUACUUCAUCACUUAAAGUCAAGUGUGGCUAAACGCGUGAAGACUCGAAAAGGAAGAUAUGUGGCUGAAAUUAUGUCAGCUAGAAAAGCUAAGAAGACUGCUGGUAUUGGUCCCUCUAAAUCUUGGAGCAAGGUUGAAGUGAAGAAGAGGAAGGUCGGAGAAGAUUCUGAGCCUGAAGAGGAUGUUGAGGAAGAUGUCCCUGACAUCUCGCCUGUGAAGAAAACCACUGCUAGGAAAUCUCCUGUUAAAGUUCAUGUUGUUCCUUUGGAUAAUAUCUCUUUCCAUCUGGAGGAUGGAGCUGCCAAGUGGAAAUUUUUGAUUCAAAGAAGGGUGGCUGUGGAAAGGGAGGUUGGAAAAGAUGUUGCUGAUGUCAAGGAGGUCAUGGACCUAAUAAAGGUUGUUAGGUUGUUGAAGACUGUGGUUGGGUUCUCUCAAUGCUAUGAGGGAAGAAAAAUUAAGGGUGCAGGUGAAUUGGAAGCUAUAGACAAUGAGGUCUGUAGAGAGAUUAUAGCUAGGAAGGUGAAAGGUUGGCCUAUUAAAAAGCAUCUUCCUGCUGGGAAGUUGACUGUCAAGUAUGUUAUAUUGCGUAAAAUAGGAGCUGCAAAUUGGGUCCCUACGAACCAUAUUUUCACCAUUGCUAAUACCCUUGGAAGGUUUAUUUUUGCUGUUGGAACCAAAGCUGAAGGUGAAAAUAUUGAACAUGCUAAGGAAGCUGAAGCCCACACCUCUAGUGAGAUGUCUGAAAACAAUGAUGAGACAAGUGGCAAUUCUAUUUUUGGUGUUGAUGAAGCUGCAAGCUCAAGCUCUAUUGAUUAG